AUGUCAGGUCGUACAUUCAUGUUGCUCCUAGCGCUGGUCCUCGUAGGUGUCUCGUCCUGCCUGGCGGCACCAGGCCCAGGCUACGACGCGUCGUUCAGCCGGCACUUCCGCCUGCCGGCCUUCUGCAACGGCACCUACUGCAACAUUGGGCCAGACGGAACCGUCACGCUUACAGCCGCCCAGAACAAAAUGGGAGCAUUCGAGUCGAAGAGCUACUACCAGUACGGCAUCUUCGAGGUGAAGAUGAAGCUGCCGCCGGGGUACUCGGGCGGGCUCAUCCCGUGCAUCUACCUGAUCUCGGGCGAGGGGCUGGACUACCGCGACAUCCACGACGAGAUGGACUUCGAGUUCCUCGGGUGGAGCGACCCUAAACAGAUCAAGAUUCACACCAACGCCAUCGCGGGCGGGUAUACCAACGUCGAACAGUACAAGUUCCCGUUCGACCCGUCGGCGGACUUUCACACGUACACCAUGGUGUACGCGCCCAACUGGCUCGUGUGGAAGAUUGACGGCAAGCCCAUCCGCAUCACCUGGCGCGAACCGGGCAAGCCCUUCCCCUCGCUUCCCAUGAAAGUCAUGGGGUCGAUAUGGGACGCGUCCUUUUGGCUGCCGUUCAAGAGCGACUACACCAAGGGCAACGUGACAGUCAAGUUCCGCCGCUUCGACCUCAAGGACGCCUGCCGCUCCGUAGAUCCCAAGGUCGCGCCUGCUUGCGCUUUCCGCAAAGAUGCGCGCAAAGGCAGCGCCCACUGGCGCCACGUUGAGGCGCAGUCGCGCCAUUCCCCCGAACCGUCGCAGCCCGCGCGGAGGGCCAGCGGGGAGGCGGAAGGGGAAAACGUGGGGGAAGGGGAACCCCGCGCUGUUUAUGGGGCCGCAGCGUGGAGAUGGGGCGGGGGAGAGGAUGGGGAAGCACAUGGCGGAAAGGAUAUUAGUGGCGGAAGGGAAGGGGAAAGGAUAGCUGCGGAGAGAAAUGUGCGCGACAGCGAGGGGGAAGCAGGGGCGGGCGAGCGGGUUGAGCGGGUGGGAAUGGGGAUAGGGAUGGGGUUGGGAGCGAGGGGGAGGGCUGGAGGGAAGAGCGGGGGAGCGCGAGGUAGUCGGGAAGGGGACGCGGCGACAAUGGCAUGGGGGGAGGCGGCAGCGUGGGGAGGGGUGAUGGUGCACCGCGCGCAGUGGCACUCCAGCAGACAGCGAAAGGGCGCGCAGGGGGACGGCGGGCAGGGGGGAAGCAGGCAGGCGGGCGGCGGACGGAGAGAGGCGGGAAUGGCCAGCGCGAACGGGGGCGCGGGCGCGGGCGCGGCGGAGAUGGCGGUCAGCGCGGAAGCUGCCGGCGUGACUGCGGGAGCGGAUGCAGCUGUGCCUAAUGGGGCGGAUGGGGCGGAUGGGGCGGAUGGGGCGGAUGGGGCGGAUGGGGCGGUGGAGGCGGAGAGGGGCGGGGCGAUGGCGCACCACUCUGUGUGGCGCACCCAUGGCGGGGCGGGGGACGCGGAGGGGGGCGGGCGAGUGGUGGAAGCGGAGAGGAAUGAUGGGGAGGCGCGAGGGAGCGAUGGGAGGGGGGGCGAUGGGCGGGCAGGCGAUGGGCGGGCAGGCGUGUCUGGUGGUGCAGUGGCAGCAGGUGAGAUGAGGGGCGGACACGAUGAUGCGGAAGGGGAUGGUCGGAGUGCGGGGUCUGAGCGCCAGGGGGAGAGAGCAAGGGUUGGAGAGCGAGUGGGGCAUGCGCGAGGAGGCGAGGGCGGCGAGCGGGGGACAGGGGGCACGCCACGCGCGUGGCACCACGCGUUGCUGCACGGCCACCCGCCCACACGCGCGCCUCCCCCUCCCCCUCCCACUCGCUCUCCCCCUCUACUGCUGGCGCGCACUGCUGUGGCCGAGGGCGGUGGGCAUAUAGGAGGGGAAGAGGGCCUGGGUGGGAGAGGGGACACAGGAGGGGAAGUGGACUUCCCCCCACACCAUGCGCGGCUGUACGCGCACGAGGUGGCGCAUGGGGCUCCCCCCGCCCCGCUGCUGGUGCUCUCUGCCGCCGCCAACGAGGGCAGCGGAAAGGCGAGGUCUGGCGCACCGCUGCCCCAUCCGCUGCACGAGCGUGCAUCCCCGGGUGAGGGUCCUCCUCUCCCCAUUGAACUCUCCGCCACUGCUGCGGGUGGUGGCGAUGGAGCCUCGGGAAUGGGAGGAAGAGAGGCGGGGAACGCGGAGGAGGUUGCUGGGCUGGUUGCAAGGCCAGGAAGACAUGAGGAGAGGGGAGAUCGAGAUGGAGGAGGGGGAGGGGGCGACGAGGGGAGGCGAAAUAGAGGAGGCGGAAUGAGUGGCGAGGGGAGGAGCAGCCCUUGGCUGCACCACGCGACGAUGCAUCAUCAACGGUUGCAGGGAGGCGAGAGUAAGGAGGAUCAGCAGCAGCAGGCAGGGGAGGGGGUCGGUGCCGGUGAUGCAAUCGGUGAGGGUGGGGGGCGCAAGGAAGGGGCGGGGCACGGGAGGUGGCACGUGCAUGGUGCAGUGGAGCGCGAUAGUAAUCACGGUGAUGCACCCAUGGGCGCUGGGCUGUACUUGCACCCCACCACUCACACACAGCCGGUGCAGCCGAUGCAGCACAUGCAGCACACACAACUCGCACAGCAGAAUCAGCAGGUGCAGCAGGAGCAGCACACACAGCAGCAGCAGCAGCAGGAGCAGGAGCAGGAGCAGGGCGGGGAAGGGGCUGGAGGGGUGCAGGUGGCAGAGGUGGGUGACGUGAGGAGGCGAGGAGGAGGCCAUGGCAGCUCAUUCCAGGAGGAGAGCCACUUCCAGGGCAGCACAGAGCACGGGAAGGAUGCAGGCAGUCAGCAGCACGGGAACGAUGCAGGCAGUCAGCAGCACGCGAGGGGCGAAGGCGACACACUGCAGGGGGCUGGCGGCGUGGCGUGGGGUACGGAUUUUGUAGGCGGGAGGGAGGAGAGGCGAGGUGAGGUGAGGGGAAGCGGGCGAGUGCAUGGCGAGAGGGCGCCGAAGGAGGAGGCGCGGGAGGGGAGGGCGGAGGGGGCAGCCGAGGCAAGGGCCGAGGGUGGGGAUGAAGACACGAGCUGGAUUGUGCAAGAGGGGCAGCAGCACCGACCAGCACUGCACACGCGGCCGACGGUGCUGCAGCAGGGUGUGGAGGGGCAUAAGGGGACGGAGGGGGCAGCAGAGGCAUUGGCUGAGGGUGGGGAUGAAAACACGAGCUGGGUUGUGCAUGAGGGGCAACAGCACCGACCAGCACUGCACACGCGGCCAAUGGUGACUUUUGAGACGCCUCAAAAGGCGGAGUGGGCGGCAGAGGCACUGGGUGAGGACUGGGAUGAAGACACAAGCUGGAUUGUGCAAGACGGGCAGCAGCACCGACCAGCGCUGCACACGCGGCCAACAGUGCUGCGGCAGGGUGUGGAGGGGCAUUGGGGGGCGGAGGGGGCAGCAGAGGCAAUGGCUGGGGGUGGGGAUGAAGAUACGAACUGGAUUGUGCAAGAGGGGCAGCAUCACCGACCAGUGCUGCACACGCAGUCAACAGUGCUGCAGCAGGGAGUGGAGGGGCACAGCAGGGCGGAGGGGGCAAAGGCAAUGGCUGAGGAUGGGGAUGAAGACACGAGCUGGGUUGUGCAUGAGGGGCAGCAGCACCGACAAGCACUGCACAGGCGGCCGACGGUGUUGCGUCAGGGAAUGGAGGGGCACAGCAGGGCGGAGGGGGCAGCAGAGGCAAUGGCUGAGGGCGGGGAUGAAGACACGAGCUCGGUUCUGCAUGAGGGGCAGCAGCACCGACCAAUGCUGCACUUGCGGCCACCAGUGCUGCGGCAGGGCGUGAAGGGACACAGCGGGGCGGAGGGCGCAUGGGCGGAGGUUGGGAGGAUGGGGAGUGAGACAGAGGUGAUGUCUCGGCAUGGGGAUCCGGGGGAGGUUGUCGGGAAGCUGCAGAUAGAGCAGCACCGGCCAGCACUGCAUGAGGGGCUGAUGGCGCAGCAGCAUGGCGAGGGGAGUUUCCACAGCGGGGCGGGAGGGGCAGCGCGAAGGCGAGGCGAGGCAGGCAGGCAAGGAGGCGAGGAGGGAUGGGAGGCAGCAGGCACGGGGGAAGUGGGCGUGAGGGGCGGAGGGCGUGGGGUGCAGAGCGAGCGCGUAGGUGGGCAUGAAGAGGCAGCUGUGCUGGAGGCGCGGGUAGGGGAGCCGGGGGAGGUGGCUGGCAGCGGGAGAGUGCAGGACAGCAAGCAAGGGCUGGGCAGCAUGGAUGGGGUGGGCAGUGUUGGAUGGAGCAGGGGUGGCUUUGGCGCUGGUGGGCAGGGGACGGCAGUACACCGCAGCGCUUGGCACACAGCGCAUGGCGGGGUUGGUGAGAGGCAUGAGAGGAGCGAGAGGAGUGAGAGGAGUGAGAGGAGUGAGAGGAGUGAGAGGAGUGAGAGGAGUGAGAGGAGUGAGAGGAGUGAGAGGAGUGAGAGGGCAGAGAGGGGUAGGGAAGAGGAGGGGCCGCAGGAGGGGAUGCAGGUGGAUCAGAUUGAUGUGCGGGUUGAGGUGGGCGGUGGGAAGAAUGGGGUGAUGGGACAGGGGCAGUGGCAGCAGCAGCAAGUGGAUGGGGGUGUUGACCUGCUGACGCCACACCAUAUGUCGCUGCACCAGCAGCACCAAGCGCGCCACCACAUCUCCUCUCCGCCCUCCUCCGUGCCCGCAGCCCAUGCCCCGCCCAUCCCCGUCACGCCUCUCACUUCUUUUGCACCCCGCCUCCCUGCUUCCGCCAGCAGCUUCAGCGAUGCAGCCAGCAGCAGCAGCAGCAGCAGCAGUGGCGGCAGUGUGAGAUUGGAUGCAGAAGCAGCCGCCGCAGCAGGGGGUGGGGUUGGGGGUGGGGGUGCGGGGAUGAGUGCAGCAGGGGGGAGGAUAGACUGGCAGUCGGUGGAGACGGACAAGCAAGUGCUGCUCAACCUCAAGCUGCACGUGCUUAGUGACCCCUCAGGUGUGCACAUGCUGCCAUGCAGCACAUGCCAUGUGCUUUUAUGUGCUGCCAUGCAGCACAUGCCAUGUGCUUUUAUGUGCUGCCAUGCGGCACAUGCCAUGUGCUUUUAUGUGCUGCCAUGCGGCACAUGCCAUGGGCUUUUAUGUGCUGCCAUGCGGCACAUGCCAUGUGCUUUUAUGUGCUGCCAUGCGGCACAUGCCAUGUGCUUUUAUGUGCUGCCAUGCGGCACAUGCCAUGUGCUUUUAUGUGCUGCCAUGCGGCACAUGCCAUGUGCUUUUAUGUGCUGCCAUGCGGCACAUGCCAUGUGCUUUUAUGUGCUGCCAUGCGGCACAUGCCAUGUGCUUUUAUGUGCUGCCAUGCGGCACAUGCCAUGUGCUUUUAUGUGCUGCCAUGCGGCACAUGCCAUGUGCUUUUGUGGUGCGGCUAGACCUAUCAGCAGCGUCACUGCUGGGCCAUCUGGCCUUUCAGGACCACCCGCUGGGUGCGCUGACAUCGCUGUUGUUCUCUUUCCAUGUUUCCUUGCUUCCCUCCCCUCCACCCCCCACCAGGUGGUGGGACUAGACCUCUCAGCAGCAUCUCUCCUAGGCGACUUUGCUUUCCAGGACCCGCCUCUGGGCACACUCACAUCGCUGUCUUGUCGGGUUGUCCCCUCUCCCCUGUCCCUCUCCCCCCUCUUCCCCCAACACCAGGUGGUGGGUCUAGACCUCUCAGCAGCGUCGCUCCAGGGUGACUUGGCCUUUCAGGACCCGCCUCUGGGCGCGCUCACAUCACUGCAGCGCCUGCAGCUGGCCGACAACCUCUUCUCGGGCUCCAUCCCCGACUCGCUUUCUUCUAUCCGCAGCCUGCAGGUGAGAUGGGACCAACGCGUGAGCACACAGGUUAGGCCACACAAGAGACCACAGCCCCCCUCCCUGCAGCUGGCCGACAACCUCUUCUCCGGCUCCAUCCCCGACUCGCUCUCUGCCAUCCGCAGCCUGCAGGUGAGGUCAACGCCUGGGUGUGUUUCGAGUCGACUCAAAGUACACGAGUUGCCGGGGCCCCCCUCCCAGCACCUGGCCGGCAACUCCAUCCCCGACUCGCUCUCUGCCAUCCGCAGCCUGCAGAGACCUCUUCUCCAACCUGCCUUCCCUGUCCGCCUCCCCGUCCCCCUCUUCAUCCCCUUCCCUAUCCCCCUCCACGUCUCCCUCCGUUCCCCCCUCCCCCGUCCCUCCCCUCCUCAGGUGCUAGAGCUAGCCAACAACGAGUUGGAUGGCAUCAUCCCCCCCACGCUCUUCUCCAACGUGCCCUCCCUCGCCACCGUUGACCUCAGUGACAACACCCUCUCAGGCCCGCUGCCCCAGGACGUCUCCGCCUUGCAGUCGCUGCUCUCGCUGGACGUCAGUGGUAACCGCCUCGAGGGGCCGCUGCCGGACAAUCUGUCGCAGCUGCGGCAGGUGUCGCAGCUGGUGCUGGAUGGGAACAAGGGGCUAAGUGGGUCGCUCAGUCCUGCUGUCCUCGGGUCUCUGCCCUCAUUGCAGGUGUGUGCAACUGUGUGUUUCUGUGUAUUCCUGCUGGAUGGCAACAAAGGGCUCUCUGGGUCAUUGAGUCCUGCUGUGCUGGGCGCACUGCCGUCCCUGCAGGUGAUCUCAGCUCGAGGCUGCAGCUUCAGCGGCUUCCUGCCGCCCGCUCUCGGCUACGCGCCGCGCCUGCAAUCAUUGGAUCUGGGCGGCAACCAGCUGGCGGGCGGCAUACCGCCCACGUGGGGGCAGAUGGGCAGCUUGACCUCUCUGGUGAUGGACGGCAACCAGCUGUCUGAAAGCAUCCCCUCCGCCCUCAACGGACUGUCGGCUCUGCAGAGGCUGGAUGUGAGCAGCAACGGGCUCAGCGGCACCAUCCCAACCCUCAAUGGGCUCACAGCGCUCACCGCUCUCAACCUCUCUGCAAACCAGCUCUCCGGACCCAUUCCCACCGACGGCGUCCUAGGAAGCUUCCCACCCUCUUCCUUUGCCGGCAACCCUGGCCUCUGCACUGGGAACUGCGCCUCUCCCCCUGCUGUCCGCCCUCCCCCUACCAUUGCUCCCCCCAUCUUCCCCCCGCCUACGCUCUUCCCCCUGCCCGUCCCCAUGGCCCCUCUCCCCCCGCUCUCCCCUCCCCCACCCCCUUAUGUUGAGCCUCCGCCCUACAGUCCUCCCAUUCCGCCCCCAAUUCGCUCCCCCCCACCUGCUCCUCGCCCCCCUCCCCUCUCCCCCCGACCUCCCCCCCGCUCCCCCCCCCGCUCUCCCCCACUCCCCCCUUCCCUGCGCCCUCCUCCCAUUCCCCCCAAGCCGCCCUCCUUAAGUCCCCCUCCCAUCCCACCCACUCUCCCGCCCUUCCCACCCCCUGCCUCCCCCAAACCACCCCCUCCUCUCUUGAAGCCGCCCUCCCCUCCUCGCUCACCUCCCCCCCGCCCCCCUCCCAUUCCGCCCCGUUUGCCCCCUCCCUUUCCCCCUCCCGUUCCCCCUCCCGUGCCCCCUCCUGUUCCUCCACCCAGCCCCCCUCUUUCCCCUCCUCGCCCUCCUCCACUCCCCCCUCCGCUCCCCCCUCCGCGCCCACCUCCCCGCCCCCCUCCUCACCCCCCUCCUCUCCCUCCGCCUCCCUCGCCUCCCCCAUCCCCCCCACCUCUCCCCCCACCAAGUCCCCCAAGUCCCCCUCCCCGCCCACCCCCUUCUCCCCCGCCCUCCCCUCCUCCCCCAAGCCCACCACCACCCCAACCCCCCCCAUCCCCUCCCCCUUCCCCCCCUCCCUCCCCUCCUCCAUCCCCUCCCCCACCAUCCCCGCCAUCACCCCCACCCCCUUCCCCACCUCCCCUCCCCCCAUCCCCUCCCCCGCCACCAUCACCCCCACCAUCCCCCCCAUCUCCCCCUUCCCCUCCGCCUCCCCCAUCACCCCCUUCCCCCCCAUCCAUCUUCGCCCCCCCCCAGCUGCUCAACCGCAUGGUGCUACCAUCCAACACCACCAAGCCCAUGCCAGUCAGUGCCAUAUUCGCCUUCUCCCUCUCAGCGGUGCUCGGCGCGCUGCUCAUGGGCGUCUGUUUCACCAUCAACCAGCCCUACUCCUCCUCCUCUGGCCAAUCGCGCGCGUGGGCAGCAGCAGGGGCAGGGGGUGGGGGCGGUGCGGGGGGCGGUGGAGGGGUGCUGGGGGGUUUUUUAGGGGGAGGAGGGGGGGAGGGAGGGGGGGCUAAAAUGGGGAUACUGGGGGCGGCAGGGGGGGCGAUGGCAGGGGCGGCAGCGGGGAUUGCGGGCGGCAGGCACUCGUCAGCAUCCCAGCAGCUUGUCACAAUGUUUAACGGUCAGACAAUGCAUGUGGAUGACCUCCGGGCAGCCACGGAAAAUUUCGGGCCCGGGCAGAUGAUGGUGGGCGGGGCGGGGCCGAGCGGGGCAGUGUCGUUUCUGGCUGAGAUGGCGGACGGGGCGGCGGUUUUUGUUGCGAAGCAGCUGCCGCCCCUGCUGGGGGGAGAUGCCGUCAACUUUGUGUUCGAGCACGAGGCACGGCUGCUAUCAGCAGUGCGGCAUGACAACAUUCUGCCGGUGGUGGGAUGCUGGGAGGGCGCAGGCGGGUCAGGCGAGGCCAUGCGCGUGCUGCUGUACGACUACAUGCCCAACGGGGACCUUCGGGAGUUCCUAUACGAUGAGCUGGCGUCACGCAAGUCGCUGCAGUGGCCGGUGCGCUUCCGGGUGGCCAUGGGGGUGGCACGCGGCCUCGCCUUCCUGCACAGCGGGGUGGGCGGCGCGGGCGGCAUGGGCGGCGGGCCGAUGGCGCAUGGGGCGGUGCAUCCGGGGAAUGUGCUGCUGGACGGCCGCAUGGAGCCAAAACUUGCCGACAUGGGCGUGGCUCGGAUUGCAUUUGAUACGGAUGAUGUGCAAGUGGCCGAUGAGAUCAUGGGGUACACGCCGCCCGAAUAUUCAGCGGGCCCCACCCCUCCAACCCCAGCCGGCGACGUGUACAGCUUCGGGGUGGUUUUGCUCGAGCUGCUCACAGCGCGCCCGCCAGUGGACCCGGCCUUCACAGACAACGGCACGGGCGACCUCAUAGGGUGGGUGCGCGCCACCAUACAGGCGGGGCAGCCGGGGGAGGCGCUGGAUCCGCGCAUGGCGGACGCGGCGGAGAGUGGCGACGAGAUGCUGCAGUUCCUCAAGGUGGCGCUGGUGUGCGUGGCAGAGGAUGGGGAUGAGCGGCCGAUGAUGCGCGAGGUGGUGGAGAUGAUGGUCAGGGCGCGAGAGACCGCGGCGAAGAUCCGAGAGAACCCUCAGAUCAGGGACUUGCUGGAGUGA